AUUUUGAAUAGUUUAGUAUUUCUGAUAUUUGAAUAUUAUUUGUGUUUCUUCUUAAUGUUUACCAGUUGUAAUUUAUAAGUUAUUUCUGUUAAUUGAGUUUUAUUGCAUUUCAAGAAUAAAAGAAGUGGUGUGUAUUUGGCCUAUGAUUUUUACAUUUCUAAUUUACUAUGGAUGAAAAUAAACAGUUUGAUAUUCUUGUUAAUAGUGAAAGUAUGAGAAGAUAUGCAUUUGCUUCAUGUAAAGAACAAUUUAAAUUGAAAGCAAAUCCUGAAUACAUGUAUAAUCUACUGAUAACACUACUGCCAAAAGAAAUUAAAACAGUUGAGUUUCUUAAUCUAAAAGAGCCACCCUCACCUGAAGGAAUAGAGAAAUUGUGGGAAUUACUUGAAAAUUUAAACAUCAGAAAUUCUCUAAUGAUUUUGAAAAAUGCAGAUCUUAGAAUGAUUGCUGACAAUAUAGAAAAAGCAUGGAGUAGAUUAAUAAAUGAAGUUAAAGAAAAACAUUCAAAUGAACACAGCUUUGUUCAAGUUUUACCAUUUGGUAAGAAGUAUAGAUUCCAAGUUAAAGAUAUUGUCACUCCAAUAGAAGUUAUAAAAAUUAAUAAAUCAAUGUUUAAACAAUGUCAACUGCCAACCGAAAUCACUUUUUACACUUUCCACGAAGUAUUAUUAACGGAUUUUGGAAAAAUUGUCAUUCAAGGCGAACCUGGAAUUGGGAAAAGUGUUCAUGUGAAAUAUCUUUUAAAUUCAUGGGCUAACAAUAAAUGGAAGGAAUUCAAUGACAAACUAUUCUUACUUAUCUCAAUAAAAGAUGUUUUUAUAGAGUCGAGAUUAAACAACAAUACAAGUUUGUACCAAUUGAUAAAAGAGCAAAAUUUUCCAAAAGAUUCUUGUAUUGAUGAGACUAUGAUCAAAGAAUGGUUUAAGGAGAAGAGAAAGGAUAUUAUUCUCUUCAUUGACGGAGCUGAUGAAUUGAAUAGCGGUGAUAACAACUCUAAUUCGUGGGUAACAAGUUUAAACUCAAUUAUAGAGGGUGUAAACUGUUCACUUCCAACGGUUGUUUGGUGCAGAAAUUGGAGAGCUGAGGAGAUAUUAUUCAGCUGCGAUUUGGCAUUAGAAUUAAUUGGCUUCAAUCGGCAACAGUUGAAAGAAUUUUUUCAAAAAUUUGAGGACAAUACUAAAUGCAAUAGUUUCAUUGAAGAGUUGGAUAAGGCUAAUAUUGGAAUGUUGAAGAGGAAUAUGAAGAUAAAAUCUACAAAGAUAUUCUCUUGA